AUGGCAACUACAGGUGUAUUGGAAGCGAUCAAGGUGAUCGAGUUGGUAGAGAUUAUUCCCAAGUAUGAUGGGGAAGGAAGUAAGCUAGACGGAUUUAUAGCUGCGGUAGAACAGAUAUUAGGUUUGAUUAAAGGGGAGGAAAGGUCGAAUGUAGGAGUUAUAGCACUCAGAGCAGUUAGGAGCAAGAUAAUAGGAGCAGCAGAUAGGGUCUUAGAUCUAGAUGAAACAGAGUUAAAUUGGGACCAGAUUAAGAAGACAUUAGUGUCCCAUUUUAAAGACAAGAGGUCGGAGCAGGACCUAAUAAUGGAAUUAACCCAUAUUAAAGAAAAGAAGUUGGAAUUAGAGGCUUUGUAUACCAAGGUCAUGACAUUGAAAAAGGCGUUGGUGAGCCUUCUUAAGGCUAACGAGCAGAGUAUGAUACUGAAAGGAGAGAAGAUUAAAUGGUAUGAGGAAAUGGCGUUAAAUGCCUUUGUGUCAGCACUAAAAGGUCCGAUAGGGGUGACCAUUAGAAAUAUGGAAGGGCUGAACAUAGCGAAAGCCUAUGAGAUAGCUUGCAGGGAAAAGAACUUGAUAGCCUUGGCAGAAACAAACUCAGAUCAGGGAGCACAGGAGUCAACGAAGUCGCAAGGUAAGACUACUGAGGAAGUACAGAAACAAGUGGAGAAAGAGGAGCCCCAGACAAUUGAAACCCAAAGGGAAACGGGCUUUUGGUCACAGUACCAGUGGGGUGGUAAUAACCAACCUCCGUUUCCGAUUCCAUUUACCAUGCCGAAUGCGAAUGGAUGGCCUGGAUUUGGGUUCUCAUACCCAAUGAUGGGAAACCCAUUUAGGACAGAUAAUUUUAACCAGCGAGAAGCCUACAAUUAUCAAAGGCCAUAUCGCAAUUAUCAGAAUAGGAAUCAGAGAUGGAAUCAAGGACAGGCAAACAGGGACAGACCAUGGAACAAUUAUGGCCAUAAUAGUAACAAUGGCAGGGAGAGAGGACAAUCUAGGCAGACGUACAAUUCGUACAAUUCAAACAACUCGAACAACUCGAACAACUCAGGGCGGUCUUUCAAUUCAAGUAAUACCUCCGACAGGACGGGUAAUCAAGCGCAGAUCAGGGGACAACUGCAUAACAUUCAAGAAGACGAGGCAAAUUUUUCCCAACCAGCCUCGAACAAUCCACAGGAUAUUUAG